CCCGAUCUGUCAAUCAAAUCGCGUCACAAUACAUCUGGGCUGCUUAGCAGGCUAGGUUGAGGUGACAGAGGGUUUGCAAAAACUUGUCUCUUAGAGUCAGUUGUCUUUGCCUCUCGUUUUAACUUUUUUUAAAAAAGUGUCUAGAUAUUUUUUGGAAAUUUUAUUUUCCACCUGUAAUUCUCGGACAGGCCAUUUUGUUGUAGUUGUUGUUACUAGGUAGGAAAAUUACCGCACAAACUAUAUUUUUUAAAUAUAAAAAACUCACACACCAUCACUUUAUCUGGGGAGAAAUGGCAUUUUUUAAUAUUCAAACUUUGCUGGAAGCAGCCGAGUACAUCGAGAGAAGAGAGAGAGAGGCAGAACACGGCUACGCGUCAAUUUUGCCCUGCAACGUCGAAUUCAACAGGAAGAAAGGCAAGACGAGGAAAACACCAAAUAACAGGUCCUCGCACAAUGAACUGGAAAAGCACAGGAGAGCUAAGCUGAGGUUGUACCUGGAGCAGCUGAAAGAGCUGGUACCUCUAGGGCCGGACUGUUCGAGACACACCACUCUGAGCCUAUUGAAGCGAGCGCGGACUCACAUCAAGAAGUUAGAAGAGCAAGACAAGAAGGCACUUCACCAGAAGGAGCAGCUACAGCGUGAGCGGCGAUACCUGAGACGUCGGCUGGAGCAACUGGCCGUCCAGGGGAUGGAGCGUCUCCGUACUGACAGCCUGGGGUCAGCUAUCUCCACUGACCGCUCUGAUUCUGAACAAGAAGCUGACGUUGACAUCGAGGGUAUGGAGUUCAUUCCCGGUGAGCUGGACAGUGUUGGCAGUGCUAGUGAUGUCGAUGACCACUACAGUUUUCGGAGCAGUUCAAGUGACAGUGGAUACGCGGACUCUCGCACAAUCACCCCAAGGCUGUCAUAGUGACCACUUCGGUUACCAGCAGAGGACCACAUCGUCAACGCAGGGCACUUAUAUAUAUAUAUAUAUAUAUAUAUCUAUAUAAAAGAAAUUUUUUUUUUCCUCCUGGGAUGUUGACUGCCACUCUUUCACAGACACCCACGACCACAAGAGCAGUUGUAUUUGCUGACACCCUCCUGCAGUUCUUUGAGAGCCCGGCUCAUCCAUUCCAAUGCAGCGAUUUGACUCUUGACAUGAGGGUUGUGAAGAAGUGCAGGGUGGUUUUUGCAGUAAAGUGGGCAGGCAGGUAAAGGGGAAAGUAGACUGAGAGGAUGGGGUGGGGUGGGGGGAGGAAAAAAGCCAGCUCUAAUGAUUAACCUUGAAAGUAGAGUAUUGCUUUUCUCCUGUUCUUGUUUUGAUUUUUUACGAUUUGAUUUUUAUUUUGUCGCCUGAUUCUGGUCUCCCAUGGUAAGAGUGAGGAGGGAUGUGGCGUGGCUAGCAUUGACCCAAGUUAAUUUUGCUGGUGUGUUAUCCAGAGCUCUGCUGUUAGGAGAAAUGCAGGUGAAUGCUCCUCUAUCGUCUAGCAGCUGUCUGCAUUCCUGGUGCAGAGCAUAUGCUCUUUUUAAAAAAUUUGGGAGAAAUUAGUAAUUAGACAGUAUUCCUAUGGAGGCUGAACACCAUGCAUUUAUUGUCUCCCAGCUCAUCAAGAGUUAUCUUGUUAAUACAGGACUUUGUUUUUGAAAAAGAAACUGCGGCAGUAGGCGUAUCGAGCAAAAAAAGUUAGAUUUUGCUUCUGCUUUGUUCAGUGAUUAUACACUGGGCUUGUAGCAGUUUCAUUAUCUGUGUCAUUUUAGACUGCUUCUACUGAAAUAUUAGUGAUACUAAAAGUGUCUGCUUUCCCUGUCUGCUUGGUUUUAGUCAUUAGAGCAUGGCUUCUAGACGAACUGAUCAACCAUUUAUGUACACAUCUCUCAAGAUGCCUUUCUCAUCUAGAGGGUUUUAAGAAAAAAAAGGACUGAAAAAAAUUGCAAAAGUAAUAAUCGAGUAAUUUUAGCCAGUAUAGUCUCAAAAUUUGCUGUAUCAAAAUUUUGUAUUAUAUUUUCCUAAAAUGUUAUCCAAACCAUGCUUCUCGGGUAGAGAGGGGAGGGCUUAUGGGGUGGUGGCAUGGGACUAAAAUGGUACAGGACCUAGAUCAGAGUCUCGGACUUCCUGCCAUUGUCAUUCUGUGCCUUGGUAUUCCUCAGGGAGCCCUGUGGCUCUUGAAUAGCUGGCAUUUGCAUCUGUCCCUUGUGGAGACGACAGUGAGAACUUCACGGCAGCUCUUUGUCCUUGUUUGCACUCUUGGAAGUGGCUGCUUCCAAACUUGCUGCCGACCGGGUAGUCCAGAGAUUGCAGCUCGUGUGACCCUGCUCCAUGAACCUGCUCCCUGCCCCCCCUCCAACCUCACCCAAGCCCUGAUCUCCUGGUGGGGGCAGGUCAAAGGUUAGAACGUGGCAGCUGAAUUUUUAAAAAAAAAAACUUUUAAUAAAAGUAGGAGUAUAUUGUAUCCUAUUGUUAUUGCUGGUUCCUGUAAUGAAAGAAAAUCACACUCUUAAAUGCCUCAUUACACGGGAUAACUAUUGAACGUGGUAUUUGAUUGACAGACUGCAGAAUUUCCAGCAGUUUUAUUUUGAAGGUUGUCUUUAAUUUUCCUGUUUAUGGAUGCCAAUUUCUGAAUCAUGAAAGCAAUAGAGAUUUUACUUUAUCAUCAAUAAACAUGUGUGACUGUUAAUAGGAUCAAAUUCCAAUGUGACAUGUACAGUCCGUCCAUUCCUUUCCUGAAUGACGGAAUGCUGUGAUCAAAAAAAACAAAGGAAAGCUGUUUACUAAAAGCAAAACUCUCGCACAGAACCACCAUGUAGGAGAUGAGAGGUGACUCUUAACGUGUAGCAAGUGUCGCAGCUUGCAAGUUGUGUAUGCACGUGUGUGUUAUCAAUCCCUCCUGGCAUUUUUCCUCAGGCGUCUCUUAAAAAUACAACCCUACCCACGCGUCUUUUUGAGUGCUUGUGUAGCAGAAUUGGAUUUCCUGAUGUGAGUAAUCUGACUGAGGUCUCCUGCUUUGUGUCUUUUUGAUGGCCGGCUCAAGUCAAAACUCUACAACGAAAGAGGUGAGAACCUGCCUAGUGGCUUUGGUCGCUGCCGGAGGGGUUUGGCUUGGUGUGGAGAGGCAGUCAGGUGGCUGUGUGAGAUUAUUCAACUAGGUUUCUGGUGCAGUGGCCUCUCCCGCAUGGAAUGGUGCUGUUCUGCUCAUGGGAGGAGAGACUUACUCCUUGUGUACAUUCCUGGGUCACCCAGUUAGGUGGUGUGCAAUAUUGAGCUGGGACAUCUUGUACUUUUUUUGUAAUUUUAAUAACGUUUCAAAUCCAUUUACUUUGUAAAUUUCCUCUCUUGGGGUAAAGUUUCUGGUGUGAGGUCUCCUUUUGGAGUUGAGUUUUUUUUGGUGACAUUUUGAGCGGUGGUGUUGGCUGUAGUGUCGGUGUGUUUGAUGCUAAAAUCUGUUUUGUGACUGGGCAGCCUGGUUACGGUUGAAGGCGUUUUGGCCCGUUAGGCCCUGCACUGGUACUUUUCAGGUGCUGUUGAAAAAACUAGUGUCUGUAGGUGGUGUUUCAGUGGAAACUUCCAAGGCUGGCAUCAGUAGGCUUCUGUUACAUUUUGAUAGAGUGUAAAGUUGUCAAAGUGGAUUUGAGGUAGUGAUCAGUCUGACCCAAUUGAAUAGUGGAACGUGCUCAAAGGGCUGAGUGGCCUUCUCUUGCUGUGGAGUUCCUGGUGUGGCUGGGAAGGUGUUUGGAUCAAAGGCUAUCUUUGGUGUGCUCACCAGUGUGUCCUUUGUUGGAGUACUCUAACUACAUUUCUGUUUUAAUGUCAUGACUUAGAGGGAUUUAAGUGCUUGUGCGGCGGGAGUGGGUGGGUCUGUCUGUCUGCCUGUCUCUCCAGGUGCUGAGUCGAUAAAACCUGGACUUUGAGAUAUAGAUUAGACUUGCAUACUUGUAAUCAGGAUCUGUGCUGUUUGCUUUCAGUCUUGAGUGCUGUUGUCUCAAACCAAAGACACUUGUACUAGAUAGGUAGUGGAGUGCUUUGCUCAGGGUAGGGGGUUCCUAAUCUUGACAGAUGUUUGACACCACUGCUGUAAGAAGAGUGUGGCAUGAAAACUGGGUUAAGAAACAGUCCUGGGGUGUAAUGAUUCACUUUUCAGACCAAUGCUGUGGAACAGGAUGUGAGCUCUUUUUAAUUAGCAUUCUCUCUCUCUUCUGUCCCCAGUUCCCAAUUUUUGUCUGAAUUUUGGUGUCGCUGUAGUUACAGCCAGCCAGCCAUAUGUAGUGGGGGACCAUUGUGAUGAACCUUGAUUUGACGUAGAGUGUGUACCCUACAGGGCGUUGCUAUUGCACUUAUUCUGAAGAAAGUGGCCUGCUUGAACUAAUCUGCCUGAUCCACAUGUUUCUUAGUGACUGGGGAGGGGAGUUGGGGAUAAACUCUCUUGUAACUUGGUUGUGCAAAAUUGAUUGCCUCCAAACUAUGUGGGAAGAAGUUGCAUGUUGGAAUGCAGCCGUGAACCCAGUGAGUUUCUUGGUCUAGUCCAACGUUGCUGAUGUUUUCCCAUUGACUGUCAACUGCCUGAAUCAAAACCGUUUAUCCAUCAGGUUCACAACUGGGGUGAUGUGUAAUAAGCUGAUAAUACAUCCGUGCCCUCUGUACUCUGUCUUCAACCCCAAGCAAUGUUCCUAUCUGUCUACUGAUGGUAAUCAUGCAUAGUUUCAAGAUGGUGUUGACUUGGAUCUAGAUUUUUUUUUUGUUGACACCAACUUGAGCCACAUGACCGACUCUGACAAGCUGCCUCCUGCACUUAGAAGCUGGGCUUUUUUCUCCGGUGUAUAGGACACUUUAGCAGUAAAGUGAAUUUUUUUUCUUUGGUGGGGAAGUGGGAAGGGGUGGCUGGUGACAUGAGAUUGGGACGCCAAUUUAGACUUUGUUUUAAAUAAGGUCUGCAACAGCCCAAAACUGAAUUCCCACAAUUUGUACAACUGAUUUAUUGCAAAGCAUUUGGAUAAUUAGCCUUGUCUUUAUUCCUAAAGUACAAGAUUGGCCUACACUGAUGAUAGAGCCCAUUCAUAGUUAGCAGGCCUUUCAGGAAGGGGAACAUCAUUGCAGUAUUAAACCUCUUACUGUUCCUCAAUCAUGGACUAUAUUUUUCAAUGCCCUUUUAAAAGAACUUUAUUUUUACAGUGUGGGAAGAAUUGGUUUCCCUUCAGCACCUUGGAAGUGUCUUGUGUUUUGUGAAUUGUUGGAAUUGAGAAUUUAUCUCUCUAUUCCUCUUCAAAACUCCCAGGGCACUUGCUAGUGGUUGGCUGGAGGUUUUGGCAACUGUGGUUUCUGUUGAACAGAUUAACUUUCUUCUUGGGUGUAUGGAAGAGAUGGUGUUGGUGAGGCAGGAGGGUUUUGUGAAUGGCUUGAGGUACACUGGAUGGGUUCUGUGCCAGAGACUUGUGAAUAUGUACUGUUGAGGAGCUCCCUUCAGUAUAGAAUGCUUUAUAUAGCUCCUAAAGAUGUAUAAUAUAAAUUCACACAUACAUGGUGCUGGCUACCCACCUGUAGCACACUGAAGGUAAUGUGUUGUAUCAUUCUUUCAUUGUAAUAUAAUAAAACAUUUUUUUACAUCA